CUCAGGGGCUCAGCCGGGGCCGCAGGAGCCCCCGGCCCUGCCUCAGGGGAGCCGGCGGCCGGGUCGUGCCCUCGGCGGCGCCCGCAGGCGGCGCUGGAGGCGCGGGCGCUCGGCCUCUGCUCGCAAGAUGGCGGCGGCCGCCUGCGUGCCGGUGCGGGUCUGCCACCAGGAGAUCGUCAAGUUCGACCUGGAGAUCAAGGCGGCCGUGCAGGACAUCCGGGACUGCCCGGGGCCGCUGAGCGCCCUCACGGAGCUCAACGCCGCCGUGAAGGAGAAAUUCCGGCAACUCCGGGGCCGCAUCCAGGAGCUGGAACAGAUGGCCAGGGAGCAAGAUAAAGAGUCAGAGAAACAAGCUUUGCUGCAGGAAGUGGAAAACCACAAAAAGCAAAUGCUCAGCAAUCAGGCGGCUUGGAGAAAGGCAAAUCUGGCUUGCAAAAUUGCUAUUGACAAUGCUGAGAAAGAUCAACUGCUGCAGGGAAGAGACUCCUUGAGACAAAGGAAGACUACAAAGGAAAGUCUGGCAGAGAGUGCAAGUAACAUCACAGAGAGUCUGAUGGGCAUUAGCAGGAUGAUGUCACAGCAAGUCCAGCAGAGCGAGGAGACUGUGCAGACCCUAGCCAAUUCUUCACGAACCAUCCUGGAAGCAAAUGAAGAAUUUAAGUCUAUGUCUGGGACAAUUCAGCUGGGGCGAAAGCUAAUAACAAAGUACAAUCGCAGGGAACUGACAGACAAGCUGCUGAUCUUUCUUGCCCUUGCCUUAUUCCUGGCCACUGUGCUCUAUAUUUUGAAAAAAAGACUCUUCCCAUUCUUGUAAAAUUCCAGAGCUAAACUGAACUAUUAUGAGAGAUCAGAAAGGGAUGGCAUAAUAAUGUUAGACUUACUGUAAAAGGGAUAUUGCAAUAGCUGAAAUAGUAUAACAGCAGGCAUGAUUUAUACUGUCCCCAUGGAGUACACAACAUGACUAAGAAGAGCUUAAAUGAAGCCAAGUUGGGAAGAAGCGGUUAGAUCAAAGUGUGGAGAGAAGAAACACCAAUCUGCCUGUAGGUUUGGCGAACCAGACAAACACUUGAGGAACGAGGCACUCAGAGGUGCCAGUCUUAUCUUUUAUCCUCUCUUCAUUUUGCCAUGAAAUUAACUUUUGUCUUUGGCUUGAACUGGAAGCUGCGUUGAUAUCUGUGUGCAAAGUGCUGAGAAUAAGAGAGAAAGUCACAUACAUUCCGUUAAUAAACUAUUUAUUGUAUCUAUGUAAACUGGGUUUUGUUUAAAAACAAAGUCUAAUGGAUCGAAAGAGCCUGAAUAACUUUCAAUGUAAAAAUUCUGCUUAAUGCUUGCAGUAGUAGGUGCUUCUGGAAUGUUUUUUUUUUUUUUUUUUCCAAGAAAGUAGCACAUUUGCUCUGUUCUUCUGGCAUCAAAGGACUCUGACCGAAGAAAUGGAAGUCUCAUUUAUUACGAUUAACUCAUGCGUGUUUGAGAUCUGUACAGUCGAUCUGUUGAAAUCAAAAGACUUUUUUUUGCUUUUCUUUAUGGAAUUCCACUUAAUAUUUUAUAUUGGCAAAAUUGUGACAAGUUCUACAUUUGAACAUUUUUCUUACUCAUGCAGUUGGUCUUUUCUCAGUUAGUAAAAUCUUUUACAAUGACUGCCUUUCCUAUCUCUUGUGCUCUCAUAAUGGGAGUUGAUUUGCUGUAAUAAUGUGGGUACCAACAUGCCACACUCUUUGCAUCGCAUUGAAGUACCAGAAAUGCACUGCACUGUUCUUCAAAGUGGUGUCACCUUUCCCUAAUGAAAUUGUUUCAUUGCUUCUUCAGAGCUGACUGGUAAAGUUGAUGUUCUGUUCAGGAAGAUCUCACAGAAUGAUUAAAUACUGUCUUAAUUU